AUGUGUUCAGGCUGCAGCCCAGGUACUUGGGGUAUAAACUGCAAAGAAAACUGCAGCUCCAACUGCGCCAACACUCAGUGUAACUCCACUGACGGGAGAUGUACAAAGGGUUGUGUCAGCGGAUUCAUUGGACCAUACUGUACUACUCCGUGUGGUGAGUCUCGUUAUGGACCAAACUGUGAAAGCUUGUGCUCAUCAAACUGUAAUAAAACACAGUGUAACUCAAUCAAUGGGAUGUGUUUUAGCUGCAUUAGUGGCUACACAGGCGACUUCUGCGAACAAAAUUGUACAACCUCUCGCUACGGACCAAACUGUGAAAACAACUGCUCAUCAAAUUGCUUUAACACACAGUGUAACUCAGCUACUGGAGUUUGUGACAGUUGCUACAGCGGUUACAUUGGUGAUUUAUGUAAUGAAACUUGUACAAAAGGAAAUUGGGGCAAGGCUUGUAGCAACAAUUGCAGCAAAAAUUGCAACAACACAGACUGUGAUCCAACUAAUGGGACGUGUACAUAUGGCUGUCUUAGUGGAUACUAUGAGCCGACUUGUGUCGAUAAAUGUAACAGCACAUUUUACGGACCAAACUGUGUCAUGAACUGCUCAUCUAACUGCACUGAUAUGAUAUGUGAUGCAAUCAAUGGAUUCUGUCUGUCUUGUAUACCUGGAUCACAGGGGAACUUUUGUGAACUUUCCUGUAACGAGACGUUCUAUGGCCAAGACUGUGGUUUAAAAUGCAACUCCACAUGCGUCAGUUGUAAUAGCGUUAACGGGAUAUGCACCAAGUGUGUGGUGGGAAAGACUGGUCAAUACUGUGGUGAAGAUUGCCCUGAUGGUACCUAUGGACCAAACUGCACCAACAAAUGCUCACCAAACUGCUCGAGUUCACAAUGUGACCCAGUGACUGGACACUGUACAAGAUGUCCUCCUGGAUACAAGGGUGAAUACUGUGGUGCAAAGUGUGAGAGCAAUAAAUACGGUGCUAACUGCAACAGUACAUGUUCCACUAAAUGUAUGGGCGAAUCCUGCAAUCACAUCAAUGGGACGUGUUUAUAUGGAUGUGCUGCUGGGUACCAGGGGAGUUUGUGUGAUCAAGAAUGUGAUAAUGAAACCUACGGUGUGAGUUGUCUCAACAACUGCAGUUCUUUGUGUCUUCAAAACGGCACGCAACCAUGGUGUGAUUUCCGCAAUGGAGAAUGUCUGUUUGGUUGUCAUGGCAACUAUUUAAAUAACAAAUCAGAGUGUCUGGCUAAACCUCAGUCUAACACAGGCAACGAUGUACCUAGUGCAGCUAUAGCCGUACCACUUGUGUUGAUAGUUCUACUCGCUGCUUGUUUAGUUGGAGCCAUUGUAUAUUGGAGACGUGGAAACUGUAAGCUGGGAAAGAAGAACAAACAGUCCGUUUUAGACAGUAACAGCCUAGAUGACUUCGAGACGGGUACAGAACUUCCAUACACGAUUGAUACAACAUUAGAUGUUUCAAAUUUGUACUUUUUCAUGCAAACACACAACAGAGAACACUUUGUUGAAGAAUUCAAGAGAAUCCCAGCACCAAAGAAAGUAUCCACAAAAGUAGCAGACAGCGAAGGAAACAGAAUCAAAAAUAGAUAUAGAAAUAUCAGUGCAUACGACCACUCCCGCGUCCAUCUAGAAAUCAACACAAACAAGAACGAGGGCGACUACAUCAACGCUUCAUACAUUGAGGGUUAUUGCAAGCACGAUAAAUACAUUGCUUCUCAGGGCCCUUGUGAAUCGAUGCUGAACGAUUUCAUUCGAAUGUUGUGGGAACAGAAGAUUGAUAAAGUCGUCAUGCUGACUAACUUGAUUGAAGAGGGGAAGGUGAAAUGUUUAAAAUACUGGCCUGACGAGGGAAAGGAAAAGUUUGGAGACAUCAAAGUAAAGCUAGCAGCCACACACGUCUUUGCUGACUAUACCAUCAGAAAACUGGAACUAAGCAAGAGGAACCAGCCGACCCACCCGUUGACCCACUUCCACUUCACAUCCUGGCCAGAUAAAGGUGUGCCGGCCACUCCCUGGAGUCUGGUGGACUUUGAGCAGAGGGUGGCCAUGGAGGAGAGCACCAGGCCCAUGGUCGUACACUGCAGCGCUGGAGUGGGUCGUACUGGAACUUUUAUUGCAUUACGUAACGUGAUGAGAGAAGCUGAAGACACGGGUGUGGUCAACUUCUUCCGUACGGUGUCCAAGUUACGGCAGGAUAGGAUGAUGAUGAUACAGACUGCUGAACAAUACGAGUUCCUGCACAAGGCCGCCCAGGUCGCUAUAGUCUGUAUGGGAACUACAGUCACAUCACGUGACAUCGAGUCUAGAAUCAGCUGGCUGCAGGAGAGUCAAGUCGGGGGUGGAAGUCACAUGGAGUCAGAGUUCAAAUCUGUUUCUGCUGUCUGUGAUUACUUGUGUACGGCUAAACCAAGAGAGACGGAUGACGGCAGUGAGAUGAAUGUUUACCAGAACGGUGGUGUGUGUGUUGACGCAGAGUUGAACAGGGACCCUACCGUGUUGCCAGACAGUUAUUACCAAAUCAGGUUGUCACGUGAGACCACACUAAUGAGGGAUUACAUCAACGCCGUGACUGUCCCGGGCUUCACCAGAGCUGACGGUCAGAUCCUGACACAACUGCCAAUGCCAGCAACUGUCGUUGAUUUCUGGAGACUAGUGAUGCAAUACAAUGUUGCUCUAGUGGUAGCUUUUGAGAUGGAUAUGAGAGGACAAGACAAGACGAUCGGACAGUACCUACCAGAGAGCAGUACUCAGCCAUUAUCUUGUGGACUAUAUGAAGUGUCGACGGGCCCUAUAAGGAAAGAAGACCAUUGUGAGAUACAAAAUGUCAGUGUCAAAUCUACGCAGAAAAACAUGUUGCCUCAAACUGCGAAUGAACAAUCUCUCAAACACAUCAGCUUUAAAACUUUGAACCUUGACCCUGACAGCUGGUUAAAUGUUAUGAUGAAGACACGAGCAAGUAAUACACAGGGACGUACACUUUUCAUGUGCAGAAACGGGGUGACCUACAGCGGUCUGGCGUGUGUGUUGAACCUGUUACUGGACAGGCUGGACCACGACCAGAGCCUGACAGUUCCACUGGUGGUUGGUGCCGUCAAGUGUAUCAGACCUCAGGUCAUCUCCACACUGGACCAGUAUCACUGCCUGUAUCAAGUUCUACAAAAAUAUAACGACGCAUUAUCCCAAUAUGGAAACUUCAACUUUGCGCAGACGUCCCUAAAACAGCAAACUUUACAACCAACAUUUAAUGAUGCCAUUUACGCUAACACUUAAAAUACACAUGCCGUUU